AUCAUCACCCUCAACGCUCCAAAUGACCGGAAAUUCCAUUAGAACUGCUCGGAGCAGACCGAAAUUGCGGCCGGGAGUCGACGGAGAACGCGAAGCCGGCAGCGCGACACUCAAUUCCAAGCUCAGAAGGAAGAGAGGCAAGGACCAGAGCUCAAUCAUCUUCCCCGGCGUAAACCUCAAAUACCUCUUAGGUUUUGGAUCCAUUUCCUUCUUGGUCGCAUUGUUUCUCAUUUACCGUUUCGCCAAUCUGGAUGGAGUGCCGCCGAAACCCCGCGUUAUCACUCCUCUUCCCGCCCCCAAGCUAAUGGAUCUUCCAAUGUUUCAAGGAGAACACAAAGAGAGCUUGUAUUGGGGAACUUACCGGCCUCAAGUGUAUUUUGGGAUGCGUGCAAGGAAUCCGAAAUCUUUAGUUUUUGGUUUGAUGUGGAUUGCUGCAAAGGAUGGGAGGUUUUUCAUGCGCCAUGUUUGUCAAGAUUCGGAUGAGCUCAAAACGUAUGGCUGGACUAGGCAUAAUGGACGGGAUUAUGGGCAUCAACAUUUAGCUGAUCAUAUGAUGACAUUGACAACAAGUUUUUUGAAGUCAAAGGCAAAAGGAAGUGGCUACGGUGGAGACUGGGCAGCUCGAUUUGAAGCAAAUGUGGAUGAAUCUGUAGUUGACGAGGAAAUGUUAAAGAAGGUGAACCUCUUCUUUUACAUGGCUGAUGAAGGUGGAAAUGCUCUAACUUUGGGUGAAGGGGCCAUAGACACCGAUUACGAGUCUACCAUAGCACUUGGAUCCCAUAGUGAUGUUGGAGGCUGGGAACUCCAUUUAAAAUCAGAGGAUUAUUUUGAUAUCCACUAUUCGGGUUUCAAGACACCUCAUAUCCACAAUUUAUCGGACCUUGUCCAAGAAAAUCUGGGAGUCAAAGCAAGAAAGGCUGGUGUCUUGCAGCUUUCCGAUACACUGGACGACUCUUCAAAUAUUAUAGUUUUCCAGAUCUCUGCUAUGCUGUCUCUCAAAGCUGACAUUGUUUUUGUUUCUGGAACUGAAUUACAAGAUUCGAGAGUUGAGGAGCGUCUCAGCAACCUCAGAGGAACCUCACUCUCCAGUCUAUUAAAUGAGAAGCAGAAGGAGUUUGAUGACAAGUUCAAGAGAUGCUAUAAUGUAUCCGACCAGCUAGAUUCUGGUUCUUUGACGGUGGGUAGGGAUGCUCUCGCGCAGACAUUGGGUGGAAUUGGCUACUUCUAUGGACAAACAAAGAUUGCACUUCCAAAGGCGUCUAGAGUUGACAUGGAGGAUAAAUAUCUUUUAUAUUGGCCUGCUGAGUUAUAUUCAGCAGUUCCAAGCAGGCCCUUCUUUCCUAGGGGAUUUCUCUGGGAUGAAGGUUUUCAUCAGUUAAUUAUUUGGCAGUGGGAUAAAUAUAUUAGCUUGGAUAUUAUUGGACAUUGGUUGGAUCUGAUGAACAUUGAUGGAUGGAUUCCACGUGAGCAAAUUUUAGGUGCUGAAGCUUUAAGUAAGGUCCCUCAAGAAUUUGUUCCUCAACAUCCAACUAAUGGAAAUCCUCCAACACUGUUUCUGGCUUUACGGGACCUGAUUUGUGGCAUUAAGAAAAAUAAAUUUUCUGCUGCGGAAAGAAAUGACAUAUCUAUCUUCUUGGACAAUGCAUUAAUUCGUCUUGAAACGUGGUUCAAUUGGUUCAAUACCACACAGUCUGGAAAGGAUUUCGGGAGUUAUUUCUGGCAUGGGAGAGACAACACUACUACUCGUGAACUAAAUCCAAAGACACUCUCUUCUGGAUUGGACGAUUAUCCACGUGCUUCUCAUCCAGAUGAAGACGAACGACAUCUGGACCUUAGAUGCUGGAUGUUUCUUGCAGCAGAUUGCAUGCAUUCCAUUACGAAGCUUCUCAAGAGGGAAAGUAAACACCAGGACUAUGGCUUCACAGCAAAACUGCUUUCAGACUUUGAGCUUCUUAAUAAGAUGCAUUUUGAUAGUUCCUCUGCAACAUAUUUUGAUUAUGGAAAUCACACCGAGAAGGUUCGGUUAUCCUGGAAAAUAGUUGGGUCAGGCAGCAACCAUCCAAACAGAGAGCUUUUAAGGGAAGUCUUAGAUAAGCCUGUCUUAAAACUGGUUCCUCAUGCUGGAUAUGUCAGCCUUUUCCCAUUAAUGGCCAAACUCAUCCCUCCAGGGUCAUGGAUAUUAGAGAAACAGCUAGACCUGAUUUCAAAUAAGAGUACUUUGUGGACAGAUUUUGGUCUCAGAUCUCUUGCCAAAACAAGUUCCAUGUAUAUGAAGCGUAACACGGAGCACGACCCCUCAUAUUGGAGAGGUGCCAUUUGGAUGCAAUUCAAUUACAUGACUCUUGGCGCACUUCACCAUUACUCCAGAGAGCCUGGACCAUACAGAGAGAGAGCCAAAACUAUCUAUCAAGAACUCAGGAGCAAUCUGAUAAGAAAUGUUGUGCAAAACUAUCACAGAACUGGGUAUCUAUGGGAACAGUAUGAUCCGAAGAACGGGAAGGGUAAAGGGGCGCGCUUCACUGGGUGGACCGCUCUUGUGCUUCUCAUCAUGUCUGAGACUUACAAUGAGUGCUAGGACUUAAUUUAACUGGUAUUCCUCAAUCCAGAGCUCACUCUUCUUUUAUAGUAUACUCUUAACAUAUAGAAUCAAAUAUGAUGAUGAUGGUGUGAUCUGGUGAAGAGAUCAAUGUUCAUUCAUCCUAUCAAGAGUAACGCUAGGGAUACACCAAAUUAUACACCAGAUUGUACCCACCAUUCAUUUGAUCACACAUUUGUUAAUUCACUUUUUAAUUUUUACUGCCUCCGUCCCAGAAUUAUUUUUUGCGUUUGACUUGACACAAUUUUUAAUAAUUAUGGGUCUACACAAGAAAUUAUAUGGUGAUGAAAGAUAUGGGAUACAACUUGGAAUACAAUUUGAUACUCCAUAUGCGCGGGCCAUUUUUUGUGUUUGAAAAUAACCAAAGAGCAUUCGGAUAAUGUGGUUGACAACUCAACCAAGUUUUCAUUACACAGAGAAAAAAUGAGUCUCAGGACUCCCUCAGGCGCGACGGACACUAAGAGGAGAUAAAUUAGAUCUUGAUCACAGAUUGAUGUCAAAGAGUGGAGCAUGCGCCUGGUACUUUCAGAGAUCUACUCUUAACUUAGUUACCUUGCAACGCAAUUGUCAAAAAUCAAACUUGUGACUUGCCUUGGCAAAGUUUUC